UGUGUACCAAGGUGGAUUAAUAAUAAUAAUAAUAAUAAUUUUUAAUCCACCUUGUAUUGUACCAUACAAGACAAUAUUUAUUCUAGGUCAUGGUCAUUUACUAAUCACCUGUGAGUUAUCAUUAGAUGUUGCUCUACCAUUUAUAUAUUUGUAAAAACUUAAAAUUUAUUCACUUCCGUGCUUUAGAGAUUAGGUCAUUUUAUAUAGUACAUAGUGCAGGUUAGUUGAUCAUUGUGAUCACAUAAAUCAUCUACAAACUGGAACUUUUAAUUAUUAUCAUUUAGCUUUGAAACUAUUUUAUAUAAAACAACCAUAUACAAAUUUACAAUGUUAAACACGGGGUAUGGUAAACAUUUAUUUAUUUUAUGUUUUACGUAACAUUAAAAUAUGUGUUAUUUAGAAAAUUAUCUGGACUGACUGUGUUCAUUACUGGAGGUAGUCGUGGAAUUGGUAAAGCAAUAGCCCUGAAAGCGGCUAGAGAUGGUGCUAAUAUUGUUAUUGCUGCUAAAACUGCCGAACCUCAUCCAAAACUACCUGGAACCAUCUAUACAGCUGCUAAAGAAAGUAAUUUUUAAAAAUAAAAUUGUAAAUACUGUAAUUAAAUUUAUUGAAUUUUUAUCGAAAGUGUUCUAUUUAACUAUUAUACCCAUUUUCUUAAUAUUUGAUUACAUAAAUAGUAUUAACUUUUUAAGUUUUAGAUUUUUUUUAACUUCAUAAACACUAAUAUAUAUUUUUAAAAUAUUGUUGAUUUUAAUGAAUUUAAGUAGGUAUAUUAAACAUUGAAUCAAUAGUUAAUUAUCUACUAAUUAGUGUUCAAUGAUGUAAUAAGUUGAUAAUAAAGUACAAUUUUCCUAGGCUUGCAAGAACUUAUUUAUUUGGAUCUUUAUACAACUUAUCUAAACUUAAGAUAUUUCUUUUGCAGCUUAAACAACCCAUGAGUUCUUGGUAAAUAAUCAUACAAUUUGAUUACUGCAUAUUGAUCUAAGUAUAAUGAAUAAAAUAUUGAAAUAUUUAAAAAAAAAAAAAUAGCUUGUUGAAUUGAAUCUAUCUAAGGCCAUAAACAUAGAAAAGAACUAAAUAGGACUACACAAUUUUUAAAUUGGAAAAUAAGACAAUAUAAUAAUUUUUUUAAAUAUGUUAUUUUUAAUGAUAAAAUUUUUAUUUUUAAUCUAUUAUUUUCUUAUGUUGAAUAGUCAUUAAAUACCAUAAAUGAAAAUUAGCCGAUAAAAUUAACAAAAUUUAUAAAAAUACAUUUUUAACUGAUUAUAUAGCAUUUAAAUGAAAGAUCCCAAUUACUUUACACGGCUAUGCUCCAAUUAAAGACCUACACCUUGACACUUUCUUCUUAUCAAAUGCUAGGUGACAACAUUUUCUUUAGUAACUUCUUUCUAGUAUACACUUUAGAGUAGUUCCUUCUUACUCUACCCAAAACCCUUCUCCUUUUUCAAUAUCUACCCAUAUGACCUCCUCUGGACACAGCCAUCCAUUAUAUUGGAUUUUUUAUGUUUCCAACUUAUCUUUAUAACUAAAUUGAAAUAAUGAUUUGUUGUAACUUGUAUACUUUUAAUAAAAGCAUGCAUGCAUUUGUUCUUUCUGUCUUACUAACACACAAUAUAGUAAAAAUUUGCUUACGUAGACUACAUAGAACUCACUUAGUUUUGACUUUAAAGUAAAAUUAUCAGUUAUGAAAUUGAUGGAGAACAAUAUUCUGGAGGGCCAGACAUUGCGUUUUUCAAAAAAAUUAUUUUUUUCAAAAGUUUAAGUGAACUAAAAUAUGUUGAAAAAACUGUAAUUUAAAAAUGUUAAAUUCACUGUUAUAUUUAGAGAAAAUGAAAAAAAUGCAACGUCUCGUCCUCCAGAAUAUAUAUUGUUUUCUUUAAAUUUUAUUUUGGGUGUUUUUACUCUAAAAUCAAAAUUAAGCAAGUUCUGUGUAGUCUACCUAAGCAUGUUUUAACUAUAUUGUGCAUUGGUAAGAUUGAAACAAAAAAUACAAGUAUAUCAUUCUCUUAAAUAUAUUUAUUUAUAUUUUUAGUCAAUGUUCAAUGAUUAUAUAUAGCCAUAAUCUUUGUAUAUUGCUGAAUAGCAUUUCAUUCUUAAGAUAAAAUAUCCACCUAAAAGUAAAUAGGUUUUCUGCAAUUUUGAUUUGAUUUAACAGCUAAUUUAUUAAUCGUGUGUUAAAGAAAUUAGAAGCAGUGAUAUUUUUUGUCUUUGUCUUACACACGUGCAACAUAGGAAUUUAGACAUGUUCUAUUUUCAUUGUACCAAUUGGUUUAGUGAAGUGAUAAGAAUUUUGAAAACAAUAUGAAUUUUUCAUUAAGUCCUCUUAAAAUCAACUCUUAUUUGUUUGAUUUUAUCCCCUAAUUCUAAAAAUAAAAAAGAUGGACAUAAUUCGCAUGAUGGAUUGACCACUAAUGUAGGUGAGAAGUUAGGAAGGUAUUAUAUAGAAAAGAAUUUAAUUUAUACAAUGGUUACUAAUUGCUAAUGAAAAACUACUCUGAGCGGAGUUCAAAAAUGCCAUAAUAUUUUUCUACUAAUACCUACAUUUCGUAUAUUUUCCUGUUUUUCCUCAGUUUUUUAUUUUCGGUUUUUUACAUCUGUUAAGAAAACUUUUGGGAAAAUCGAAAAAUGACCUCUUUAAAGUACCUCCCCAGUCCUAUUUCCUUUCAGAAAAAGUGCUACAUUUGUAAAUUAGAGCAAGAUUUUUGGUAGAAAAGUUGUCUAUAGAAAAAAAAAAUAAACAUCAUAGUAUCAUAAACUGGAGCCACUCCACUCAACAAAACAAAAUUGAAAAAUAAUAAAAUAAAAGCACAAUUUUCUUAAAUUUUCCUGUUCUUUCUACGUUUAUUUUAGGUUUUGCACAAUUAUUAAAAAAUCACGGAAGUGACACCUCACUCUAAACUCUCUCUAUUAAGGUGUAAAUUUCUAAUACAAUAUCUUCAUCCAAACUCUAAAAUUUAAAAUUUAAUUAAUUUAGUUCAUUAAAAUAUUACAUUGAAAAUUAUUGCUUUUAUUUAUAAUUAAUAGGUAAGUUCUCAAUACAAUUUUUUUUUUCAGUUGAAGAAGCUGGAGGAAAUUGUUUACCUUGUGUUGUGGAUGUAAGAGAAGAAAAUCAAGUUGUCGAUGCUAUUAAUAAGACAGUUAGUAAAUUUGGUGGUAUCGAUAUUGUUGUAAAUAAUGCAAGUGCAAUUUCAUUAACUCCAACUUUAGACACUGAUAUGAAAAGAUAUGAUCUUAUGCAUAAUAUCAAUACAAGAGGAACAUUUUUAGUGUAAUAUUUUACUUACCUAUUUAGAGUUAAACUUUUUGUUUUGAUAUAUAUUUUUUUAUAGAUCAAAACUGUGUAUACCUUAUUUAAGAAAAAGCAAACAUGCACAUAUUUUAAAUAUUAGUCCUCCAUUAAAUAUGAACCCUAAUUGGUUUCGUGACCAUGUUGCUUAUACAAUGGCCAAAUAUGGAAUGUCAAUGUGUGUUUUAGGAAUGUCUGCUGAGCUUAGAGCAGAUAACAUUGCUGUAAACGCUUUAUGGCCAAGAACUGGUAAUAAAUAAUUACAAUUGUAAUUUCACAAUGUAAAGCAAAUAUGUGAUAUUUUUAAGGAUAAACCAACCUAUAGUUGGAAUAAAAAUUAUUAUUAAAGCUCAAUAUUGCAUAAUACCAAAUAAUUUUAAUACAUUAAAAAAAAUUUUAUUUUCCACUUUUUACUACUGAAAUUACUAAUAACCAUAAAAAAAUACAAUUCUUACUUUUCCAUUUGUUUGCUUAAGUUUUUAUUUGACAGCAGUUUUUCCUAGAAUUAUAUUGUUCAUACCAAAAUAAUCCAGUUAAUUUUUAACUUUUUUAAGUUAAAGCACCAACAUUUCUUCUUACUAGUUUUCAAAUUACCUUUUAAAAUAUUUUUAAUAUCUAUAAAGAACAGUUCUGUAUAGAUUCUAUAGUGCAAGAAUUGUUAGAAUAGACUAGAAUUUUAUUAUAUUUACCUAUUUUUGUGAAUAGAUAAAAGAGCGAUAAUACUAAGGAAAAUAAUGCUUGAAAAUAUCUUAAUACUCUUUUAUAUUUCUUUUUAAAGCAAUAUACACUGCAGCUGUUGAAAUGUUAUCUGGCUCUGGUAAUGCAAAGCAAUUAUCUCGUAAACCAGAAAUUGUGGCUGAUGCAGCUUAUGCUGUACUCUGUAGAUCAGUCGAAAAUUGUACUGGUCAGUUUUUAAUUGAUGAUGAAGUAUUACAACAUGAGGGUGUUACUGAUUUGAGUCAAUACUUGAAUGACCCGAGUUAGUAGUAAUUGAUAAAAUUAAACCAAUAUAAUUAUUUAUAUUCAUAAUUACUACAUUUUAAAUUAUUACGUAUAAUGUAUUUGUGAAUAUUUUGUUCUUUUGUAAUUAUAUAAUAUUAUUAUUAGGCAAUUUUUUCUUUAAUAUUUAAACCAGUAAUUUUAUUUCAGCUUAUAAGGGUGAUUUAAUGAUGGAUUUCUUUUUGGAUGAAGCUCCUCAUGAUGGUUUUAACACAGGAAAAGAAAUAGCUAAAAAAAAAUCAGGAGAAGAUAAUAUUGAAAAAAUAUUUACCAAAAUUGAUGCACAUUUAACUCCUGAAGUAGCCAAAGGAACAAAUGCUUGUUUCUUAUUUGUAGUGAAAGGUUAUUAUAAAUUUAGAUAUUUUUUUAAUCAAUAUAAAUAAACAGUAUUAAGUAUGUUUUUAUGCUAUUAAUUAUAUACUAUUAAAUACUAUUAAAAAUCAAAGUUAAUAAUUUUUAUUUUUAUCAUCUGUAUUUUUGUAUAAAUUAAUACUAUCUUCUUAGGAGAGGAAGACAGAACAUAUUAUGUAGAUCUGACUGGAGAUGGAUUAGCUGGUAAAGGAAAACCUACAACAAAACCAGAUGCUACUUUAACAAUGGAAGCUGAAAAACUUGAAGAAUUAUUCAAUGGUUAGUUUGAAACGUGUUAAGUAACGGCAAAAUAAAAGUAUCAUAAUACAUUUUUCAAUUUAAUUUUCCUAGUUUUAAAUUAAUAUAAAGCGAAUAUCUGCAAUGAUUUGGAAUGAAUACAAUGAGCAUUGUAAAAAAUGAGUUUUGAAUUUAAUGAUACUUUUAUUGUGUUAGUUUUAUUUAGUUUUUUUUUUCAAUGUUUUUAAUUUUUAGGAAAAUUAAAAGCUGGGGAUGCCUAUAUGUCUGGUAAACUUAAGAUUUCCGGUAGUUUGAUGAAAGCUAUGAAAUUGGAGAAAUUGAUGAAAUUAUUAAAAGCCAAGUAUUAGUCAUACUCGUAUGUUUCUACAGUUUUUGAAUAAACAGUUUGUAUUACAAUAUAUUUAAACAAGCCAAAUAAAAAGAGUAUCAGCAAGUUCUAGGUACCAUGUUCUACACAUUUAAAAUAUUAUUGAUUAAUGGUUAUGUAAAGGUAUACCACUUAAUUUUGUAUAAAAUACAAAAAAAUAGAUUACAUACUUGUAAUCAUUUAUUUUUUAUAUUAAACCUACAUUUUAUACAUUUUUUAUAGCUCAAAAUAAUAUUUUAUUUAAUUAUUUUAUAUACAAAUUUUACAUAUCAAUCGUUAUUUUUUAUUCAAGACUGAGCUAUAAUAAAAAGUUAAUAGUUAGGUAUAA